AUGGAUGUAGGGCACCACAAACGCGGAAAAGCAGCAGCCGUACUAGCUCGCAGGGAGCCAUGGCCAGGAGAUGUGAUUUACCCACGAGAUGAAAAUGGGAAGUAUUUGUACCAUCCGACAGACCUGUGCGCCACUUGGGAGGCUCUGGAAGCGUGUAAAGAUGCAGGUCUGGUCAAGUCGAUCAGCGUAUCAAACUUCAAUCGCAGGCAGCUGGAGCAGAUCCUGAACAAGUCAGGCCUGAAGUACAAGCCAGCUGUAAAUCAGGUCGAAAGUCACCCAUACUUGACUCAGCCCAAGUUAAGGGAACUUUGCAACCUCCAUGGCAUUGUCAUUGUGGGAUACAACCCCCUGGGCACCUGCCGUGACCCCCUCUGGGUGAACACGAAGAUUCCCUCUUUGCUGGAAGAUCCUGUCCUCAACUCUGUGGCAGCUAAAUACAAGAAAAAGAGUGCUCAGGUGGCCCUGUGUUACCAGAUCCAACGCAAAAUUGUUGUCAUCCCAAAAAGUUUUAAUUCCGAGUGCAUCAAACAGAACUUUGAGAUUUUUGACUUUUCCUUAACGGAUGAAGAGAUGAAAGCCAUUGAUGCACUCAACAGAAACGAACGAUAUGUGGAACUUUUAAUGUAA